AUGAUGCCCUGUCUUUGCUGCCAAGAGGACCUGUAUGUCUUCUUGGUGCACACGGGCAACCUGUGGACGACGGUCGGGGGUGAAGUGCAGCAUGGCUGCCAUUUGGACAGGAGCUUUGCUGACACCUGGCGGCGAGAAUGGGACGAGGAGGUGCUGAAAUACCCGUGGGCGCAAGUUGUUGAGGGAGGAGAUGUCGCUCAGAUUGUGGUUUGGAGGACGACCUCCUCAAAUUGGCAGGAUCUCAGAAACUGCAAGACUGGGCGCUCAGGGAUCAACGCGACAUCCUGGUGCUUUGCUGCUGCCGACCGGGGCUUUUUCGAUCGAACGGUGGGCAAGGAUGUGUCUUUGGUACGUGAGGGGGAACUUGUCUGGCCCACAGACUCUGCCGACAAGAAGCGGCGGGUGCACACAGAAGGACUGCCGUUUGUGGAAACUGAAGAGGGAGCCUGGUUUCAGCUGAAGGGCGCGAGCUUCUUCACACACAAGGAGGUGCAGGUGAGGGGAGACGUGGGGGAUUUGCUGGAAGGUCCGGAGAAACUGCGAAGAGUGCAGGAGAUCAUUCGCAGCUUUUCGGGUGCACCGGGCCCGGACACGACCCGCUGGUUCCUGGCCGAGAUCACGCAGGAUGGCCGCAAGGACAAGCUCCCAGGCUUCGAGCGAAAGUUGCAGGGUAUGGAGCCGCAGGAGGCAUGCCGCCAUCUCACUGCACAGCUCUUGAAGGAGAUACCGUACCCAGAGGAGAUAGAAGCCUGCCUGAAGCGCGACGCCGAUCCGCGGGGCCACGAGGAGAUGUUGGAAGGCACCUCAGUCUUGCACGCCUUUCUCCAGCGCCAGCACGAGCAAGAGUACGCAGUGGCGCGCAUUGUGCACCUCCUUCUGCGCGCUUACCACAAAAGGAACAUCCCAGUGAGCGCCGCAGAGAAGGAGUCCAUUGCCCGUUGGCGAGAGGGAAACGACCCUGACUGCAAGGCCCUCUGGGAAGCCAACAUGGAGCUGGCGAAUGUCAUGCGCCCGGCAGUUUAA